AUGGCGCUGUUACUGUUGGUGCUGCUGUUAGGGCUAGUAGCAACCUGCGUACAGACUUAUAGUAUUAGUGGGACCGUGUAUCCACAAGGCUCUGUGGUGGAGAAGGUGCAUCCAUUUAAAGUGCAAGUAAAUGGUGGGGAGCACACGACAUUUGUUCGCGCUGACGGCUCUUUCGUUAUACGCGACCUAAAGCCGGGGCGUUACGUUAUCGACAUCCCGUCAACGCAGUUUCUUUUUAGCAAAUACAAACUGGAUAUAGGAGUUGAUGGCUUUACUCGCGCUCUGGAGUACAAGUAUCCAGGUGCCCCCAAAAUACAUGCCUCCUACCCUCUAGUCGUGGAGCCUGUCAAGCAACUCGAUUAUUUUGAACAGCGCGAGAAAUUCAGUCUAUUAAGCCUUAUCAUGAGUCCGUCCUUCUUGACAAUUGUGGUACCGAUUGUUCUAUUGUAUGUGCUGCCUAAGCUAUCGGAAGGAAUGGAUCCAGAGGAAUUAAAGAAAGCGCAGGAAGAAAUGGGAUCUGCCGAUCCAUCUUCGCUGCUAGCAGGAAUGCUUGGCGGCGGUCGAGCCAAUGCUGACGACAGCGAUGAUGACUGA